GAGAGAUAAGAGACACUAGAGAUAUGAGACAGUAUUAAAGACAUUGUGAGAGGCACUGAAGAGCAAACUGCCCUCGACAUCAUCCUACCAGUAAAGAGAGAGUCUGCGUGAAGAUGAGGAAGACGUGUGUGACUUUGUUGACACUGCUCAUAUGUGUCCAGGUGUGUGCCCAUGGCCCUUUGUACCCUCGUAUUAAGGGUGUUGAUGCCCAGAAGAAGGCAUGGCCGUGGAUGGUUAGUUUGCACACCAGCAAUAGCCAUUUUUGUGGAGGUUCCCUCAUCAGCAGUCAAUGGGUGCUGUCGGCCGCUCACUGUUUCGUUAGGAAGGAUGGCACAGAUAUGGAUGUGGCCAGCAUACUUGUGUACUUGGGAAAAUUGAAGCAGCAUAUAACAAAAAGGAAGGAAAAAACGAGAGAUGUAGACAACAUCUACAUUCACCACUUGUACAAUCGUUUAACUUAUGAUGGAGACAAUGACAUCGCUCUGCUGCACUUGUCUUCUCCAGUCACCUUUAAUGACUAUAUCAGUCCAGUGUGUCUGGUGAAGAGUGGCAGUGAUUUCCCUGCUGGCACCAGUAGUCGGAUCAUAGGCUGGGGACAAAUUGCUCAUAAAGUGGAUCUAGCUCCUCCUGGGACUCUGCAGGAGGCUGAAGUUUUUCUAGAGGAUGAUAUUGAUUGCCAGACCCAGCUGAAUACAUACAUUAAUCAACUGAACAGCCUGAAAAAAAAAACAUAUAUAAAAUACACCACGAAUAUGAUUUGUGCUAGGAAUUCUGCUGGUGUUACAGCCAAAUACUGUGGGGAUUCUGGAAGUCCAAUCAUGAGUGAACACUGUUCAAAGUGGGUUCAGUUUGGCAUCAGCAGCUACAGUUUUAAGUGUCGUCCAAACACUCCUGGUGUUUACACCCGUGUCUCACAUUAUGAGCAAUGGAUUAAAGACACUAUCCAGAACAAUCAAGACUUCCCACAAUUUGUUAACGUAAACGACCAGUGCCCACCAGACUCAGGAAAAAAGAGCAAGACAAAUAAAUGGUGCUGCUGUUUGUGAGGUGAGGAGUAGUUCUGAAGACUCUUCUACAAUGACCUGGACACAUGCCUGUCACAUGACUACGUCUCUUCAACUCCCAGGAUUUAAGAUAGCUUUUAAAGCUCUGCUAUAUCUUUAACCAGUUCCACUGAAAACUGUUUCACAGAACUGCAAUGUUUAAUGAACACUUUCCUCUCUGUUUUUUACUGUCAUCUGUUCAUCAUCUUAAUUUUGCAUAAUGUUUGCCAAUAAAUAUCAAGCAUAGAUCUUGUGUAUUUAUUCAAAGUCAAAAUGGCUUAAUUUUAAAUUUAGUUCGCAAUCAUUUUU